AAAGGACAAGACAAGCUUCAACAUGUUCUAGUUAGUUUGUUUCGCGCAUGCCGCCAUUUAGGCCAAAGUCUGUUCGUCUUCCACACUAACAAAACCCCCCUCAUUCCACAAAACUCUACUUCCUUUUCCUUUUCCUUUUCUAUUUAAAACUCGAAACCCUUUUUUUCCCCGGUUAUAGGUCACCGUCUUCCUUUCAAAAAGGAAAUGGAAAAGCCGGAUUCCACCUCCGGUUGCGGUUGUUCCGAUGUCUACCACAGUAUUUUCAUUGAUUCCAACCUUGAUACUCACCUUGCCAUGAUCGUCUCCGACUCCGAAACCGUUUCCGAUCUUAAAAAAAAGAUACUGUAUGAACACCCGUUGUGCUUUCCCAACAUUGGGGAGAUAAAGAUUAAUGCGUUAAAGGUAAAGCGCAAAGGAUUUCUUUAUCACCUUUCUGAUUCCAUGUUUGUGAAAAGUGCUUUUGGUGGAGUGAGCAGGAGUUGGUUUCUUUCGGUUGAUGCCUCGAGUGCUAAAGAGCAUAGGGAAAAUCAUAAUUCCAUUGAACCUGAUGCUGGCAACAUUGUAGCCUGCUUCGGUACUGGAAUUAAUAAUUAUUCGGUUGAUGUUGUUGAUCUUCUACCUGUUGAUAAAGCCAAAAGAUUGUCCAAUGUCAAUGAUGCACCUUUGCUACAAGACAGAGAUGACUGUCAUGCAAAACAGAAUUCUGCGUCUCAACAGUUUGGUUUUAGCAAUUCCACCAAAGAAAACUCAGGAAAUUUGUGUAAGGAAGCUGAACAUACAGCUGAUAGUAAUAAUCAGGUUUCGCUCCCUGCUACCAACACGGGGUCAAGGCCGAAGGUACAGUCGAAAGAUGUUGGAGAUGACAAAAUAUCUGAAGAUCUACAAGCUUCUGUAGCUACAUCUGUUUUAAAGGAAAAGCAGAAAACUAAAAAGAGAAACAAAUAUGCCAUCCACCAUGAUUCUAAAGAAAAUGGUGCUUUAGUUGUUGAAUCUGGGAAAGAUGCAUUGGAUUCAGGCCAUGUGCUUGAGGAAAAUUUGAUUCAUAAUGGACAAAGUUUGGCUUUGAAUGACGCAAAUCUGGGAAACCAAAUUCAUGUGGAUGAAGCCUCUCGGAGUUUGUCUUCUGACAGAAAUAAGAGGUCAACUGCUAGGAAAAGGAUGGCCGAUGGGGGAAUAAACGUUCCAGGAGAACAUUCUGAAUUGGAAACUAAUAAACAUAAAGAUGUUGCUCACAAGGAUCAGGAACAUGAGUCAAAAGAAGAUUCCUUUCAAUCUCGGCCUGCAUCAAAGAAAAAGCGCAAAGCCAAGAAGAAAGAUGUUAAUGACAAUUCUUUAAUAGAAAAUGUAGAACAAGCUAUUGAUCUCAAUACAACCUCUGUGUGCACUUUAGGUCAGAAACUGGAAAAUACGAGGGCUGUCGUAGACCCCUUGAAUACUGAAUCCGUAAAACAAAACCAUUUGUUGACGGCCAAUGCAAACGGUGGGAAGAAGAACAGGAAAAGGCAAAAAUCAAAUCCUAGUCAAGGAGGUAGUGAUGUCUCUUCUGCAAAAGAUGUUCAUGUGGAAACUUUUCAGGCUGUAGAAGCCAUUAAAGACAAAGAUUUGGGCAGUAAAGGUGAUCCAGUUUCUUUUCUUGGAAAACAUUCUGCAGGUGGAGAAAUAUCUGAAACUGGUCUGAUCUCUUCAAUGAAAAUGCAGGAAGUUAGUGAAACAAAUCAAGUGCCCCAGAGAAACAAAUAUGCCAUCCACCAUGAUUCUAAAGAAAAUGGUGCUUUAGUUGUUGAAUCUGGGAAAGAUGCGUUGGAUUCAGGCCGUGUACUUGAAGAAAAUUUGAUUCAUAAUGGACCAAGUUUGGCUUUGAAUGAUGCAAAUCUGGGAAGCCAAAUUCAUGUGGAUGAAACCUCUCGGAGUUUGUCUUCUGACAGAAAUAAGAGGUCAACUGCUAGGAAAAAGAUGGCCGAUGGGGGAAUAAACGUUCCAGGAGAACAUUCUGAAUUGGAAACUAAUAAACAUAAAGAUGUUGCUCACAAGGACCAGGAACAUGAGUCAAAAGAAGAUUCCUUUCAAUCUCGGCCUGUAUCAAAGAAAAAGCGCAAAGCCGAGAAGAAAGAUGUUAAUGACAAUUCUUUAAUAGAAAAUGGAGAACAAGCUACUGAUCUCAAUACUGUAACCACCGAGUGUACUUUAGGUCAGAAAUUGGAAAAUACGAGGGUUGUCGUAGAUCCCUUGAAUGCUGAAUCCGUAAAACAAAACCAUUUGUCGACGGCCAAUGCAAGCGGUGGGAAGAAGAACAGGAAAAGGCAAAAAUCAAAUCCUAGUCAAGUAGAUAGUGAAGUCUCUUCUGCAAAAGAUGUUCAUGUGGAAACUUUUCAGGCUGUAGAAGCCAUUAAAGACAAAGAUUUGGGCAGUAAAGGUGAUCCAGUUUCUUUUCUUGGAAAACGUUCUGCAGGUGGAGAAAUAUCUGAAUCUGGUCUGAUCUCAUCAAUGAAAAUGCAGGAAGUUAGUGAAACAAAUCAAGUGCCCCACUUUGGGGGUUACAAUGAUAUGGAUGAUACCAAUGAUGGCAACUUGAAAAGCCAAAAUGAAGCAGCCCAACCGGAUGUUGCAUCAGCAAUAAAGGCUAGAGAUUCAUAUGAUCAGAUUUCCAGCCUUGUGGAUGGCCAUCCUACACCUGUUUCACAAGAAGGAAUUGAUUUCCGGAAAGAAUUUGGGGUAUCAAGGCAUGGAAAUCAAAGUUGUACCUUGGAAGAGAAAAUCGUGGAACCUAAGAAGUCUUCCAAGAAAGUAAGGAAGUACAAGAAGAGUAAGGAUCCUGUUGGAGGGACAGAAGCAGUAGAUGUAGUACAUAAUAGAGGUACUGCAAGUGAUUUAUCUCCUGUCGAGCGUCCUACGUUUGUGAAUGGUGACCGUUUGAGUGAUAAUGCUGAGCAAGGCAGCAAAACUGAUGGAAAAGAGGAAUCAAAAAUAAAAAAAUCAGACUGUUCGCCUUCAGUUACUGAUCUGAAAGCUGAUGAUGUGAUUCAGGAUGUGCUGGAGUCCUUGAAGCAAUGCGAAAAUGGUCCUGCAAAUGCAGAAAAAAGGGACAACAAACCAAGGAAAAGAACUAAGAAGAAAAGCUCUACUGUAGUAGCCCCUCCAGAAUUGGAAGGAGAGGAUGAUGUUGAUCACCGGGAUUCAACAGUCCUAGUUCAUAACGUGAGUGAGGUGAGUGCCUCGUCUAAAUCCACAAGGAAGAAUGUGAUGCUAGAUUCAAACUCUGCUGUGCAAUUGAAUGGAUCAGAUUUGGGAUCUAAUCGAGAUACAAUUAAACCACAAAAUGACGGAAGGCUUAUUGAAGAUGUUGUCAGUGUAGAUCACUCUAAAAGCACUCGUGUAGAUAAUCAUGAAAUUGAAGACCCCUGUGGAAAUGGAAGGGUCAAAAGCCAACAGAAACAUGAAAUUGUUAAUUCUGGUAAGAUUAUCAUUGAUAAGGCCACGCGCAAAACAGGAGUGGAAACUGUGGUGAAAGGGAAAAAGAACACUAAACCUGAACUAUCUUCAAAAAUGUUAAAUGGGAAUCAAGACAAGGAAGCAAAAGCUCAAGCAGCCAAAUCUAGCUCCAUCCAAUCUCAAAGAUCUUCGUCGAAGGUUGAACCAAGUAGCGCCAAUGUUAAAUCUAAUAAGCCACUUUUGACCAUUUCUGAAAGUGCGGCAAAAGAACCUAAUAAAUCUGACAAAAUUGAUUCCACACCUAAAAGUGCUCAGAGGCCCAUUGACGUCAAUUCUUCAAGGUCAUCUAGAGAUUUAGAGAAAAAUAACCCUCACGUUGUAUCAAGCUCCGCCUUGGAAACACCCAAAAGUACUCCUAAUCUAAAGAAAGGAGGUAAUGGGCAUCGACUUCCCCUGGAUAUUGCCAAAGCUAUUGAAAGUAAUGGCAGGAAAGUUGGAAACAACUUGGCAAAUAAGAAGAAUUUACUGGGUACCUCAGGUACAAUAUUUGGGCAUGAUGAUAAGGAGAGCUCUGAUGACGAAGAUGGAAUAGGCAAUUCGGAUUCCAGCACGAAAACUCCGUCUGAUAGUUCAUCAUCGUCCGACUCUUCAGGCAACAGUCAUGUGAACGGCAGUUCAUCACCAAAUGGAUCUUAUAACUCAAAAUGCGAAAAAGCUGGUGGAAGAGACAAACCAAAACCAGGGUCUUCUAACCCCAAGAGCAUGUCCUUGCAUGCAAUCCUUCGCAAUUCAAGCAGUUACAAGAAGGCUAAACUAACAGCCUCUCAAGCCAUUGAUAGCCAGUCUGAAGAAUUUGUUCCAGACAGUCAGGCACCAUAGUCAACGGCAUGUUUCUGUUUUCCCUAUGUUGUCUUGUCUUUCAUCCGUUAUGGGUUGCCAUUUUUGUUCUCCUUAAUCAUUGUCAGUAGAGUGGUGUUGCAAUCCCAUAUUUUGUAGUUUUUGCAUUCUAGUAAUCUUGAUUGUUACUUUUUCUCAAUUUUUUUGGUCAGAAAUGAUAUUCUCAAAUUGUACUUAUAAUUUUGGGUAAUUGAUGGUGACGAUGAAGCUGAAAAUGAACACCCCCGUUUCCUGAA